AUGAUGAGCAUCAGCGACAGCGGUGUCAGUAAUCAAGAUAAUGCUGCAGGGGACAAUAAUUUGUUAGAUAUAGCUAGUGCAACACUUAUAAGUGAUCUUGGUACUUGUGACAAGCCUUUGGUAGGUUCCUCUUCAGGAGCUGGAGUGAACCUGCUUCCGCUUGCUACUGAUCAGACAGCUGGAUCUGUGGAUUCCACACCAGAUAAGGUGCCCUAUACACCAGAUAAAGAUAUGUUCAGUAAGGACAGCAUAUAUGAAGAUUUUUGUGUGGAUGAUGUUGACCUUGCUUUCGAAAAUUACGAAGAACUCUUUGGUACCUCUCAUGUUCAAACAGAGCAACUGUUUGAUGAUGCUGGAAUAGACAGUUACUUUGAAGUGAAGGAAGCACCUGCUGGGAAUUCCACCGAGCAAUCCAAGCUGAAGCAACCUGCAAAUAGCAAUGCGGUAUCUGCUGACUCUGGGAUGUCAAACCCAGGAGUGAAAGGUGAUUCCAGUGUUUGUAUCCCUUUGAGGCAGGCUAGGUCUAGUCUGUCUCUUUCCUUUUCCGAUUUGACUGGUGAGAGUAGUGCCGGAGACCACCAAGAUUGUGUGGUAUCAUCAUUGCUCCUUAUGGGUGAGCCUCCUUGGCAGCCUCCUGGCCCUGAGGGCUCAAUUGCUGGAGGUAGUAGAGACAGCGCUAUCACACGAUACAAGGAGAAGAAGAAGAGAAGAAAGUUCGACAACAAGAUCAGGUAUGCUUCUCGCAAGGCUAGAGCAGAUGUGCGAAAGAGGGUCAAGGGACGAUUUGUUAAGGCUGGUGAAGCAUAUGACUACGAUCCUCUCUGCCAAACAAGGAGUUACUGA